AUGCUGAUGCUGCGGGCGGCGUAUGGUUGCGGUGGUGGGAGGGGAGGGAGGAGGGAUACACAAUUGUGUAUCAUCUAUCGUGCUGCACUCGUACAUGCUGGUGCGGCCCCCUCUGCCGCCACCACGUUACGGUGCGGAUGUAACACUAUCGACGAGUACUCGAGUAUAUGUGGUGUGGGACGGGAUCGGGUGGGAGUCCUAAUUGGGGUUUUGGAGAUGGGGGUGAUUUGUUAUAGUUACUAUAAGUAUAGCGUAUGGUUGGCUGGUUACAAGUAAAGUAGGUUUAAGUAUUGUAGGCUACAGCCUCCAAACACACAAACAUAUACUGUACAUAAACCUGAGCGGGUAUGAUACCACGAUAAUAUCAUUAUAGAAGAUAAUACUUGCACCAGUAGUUGACACUACCAAACGGAAAAAAGGACAAGUACCGGUAACGAGUAACAGGGCAGAAACGUGCUAUUCCGAUGAACAAGAUGAAAAAAAAAA